AUGAAAAGAAACCAGACAGUGUCGCUGUCUCUCGCCACAACCAUUAUCGUUUACUUGUUUGUGAAACGGGUAUCAGAAGUUUGGAAGGACACCGAGAUUAGUGCUCGUCCCAAUGACGAUGGACUGGGUUUUCUACGUCGCGCCGCACAGAAUAUUAGCUCACCCCAAGAAGAUGAGAGUACGAAUGAUGAUCCGUGCGUGUUCUAUUUAAUGGAACAUGUCGACUCUUCUGUCGCGUGCAUGGACCAGGAAUGGUUAUGUGACGAAUAUGCGGAUUCCAGUGACAUCAUUUGCAAGUGGUACAAGUCUCAGACUCAGAACCUAGUUGCCGACAAUUGUCUUUUGCCAAACGCUACUGAGCUCGGAUUCCAAAAUGGCGGCUAUCCUGUUCCAAGGAUUGUUUACUACGUGGCCUUUGGUCUCAGUCGACUUUCUUUCAUUCAGUAUUUGAGUUUGCUGAGUGCUAAGAGGUUUAUCAAGCCAUGGGCUAUGUACGUUGUCGGUGACGUGCACCUGACGGGGGCGUGGUGGCAGACGGCGACGACGGACCUGGGGGUGAGGUUUAUCCAGAGGGAAAGGCCAGAGUGGCUUGCGGACAUGAAAAUAGCCUCCACUGAACUGGCUGGGCACCUCAUCAGACUGCAGCUUCUCAUGGUUAAUGGCGGAAUCUACCUUGACCUUGACAUGCUGCUCCUUCGUCCUCUUGACCCAUUGCUGCGUUAUGACGUCACUCUUGGUCACCAUGACAACGACAGGGGGUUGAAUAAUGCAGUCAUAUUAGCCAAAAAACACGCUCCAUUCAUAGAGAAAUGGUACACCAACUACAACGACUUCAACGAUGACGACUUCACUACAUUGUCGGAGAUAACCCUUCGACAGUUGUCGAAUGAGCAUCCUUCGUCCGUUCACAUGGAAACAAGGAACUUCCUCUUCCCAGACAAGGCCCAGAUGCGGGUACUGAGUAUAAACCAUUCUUACGACUGGCGAGGGAAUUAUGGAAUACAUCUACCGUGGCACCGAGAAUUUCGACUGCCUACCAAUCCGGAUGGCAUUAACAAGAUGAGGAACUGCACUCUCCGACAGAUCCUGAAGUAUGUUCACAGUGAAAAGGGCGUCGUCCUUUCAAGCCCUUGAUAAACCGAAUAUAUUUCAUAUAUAAUUAUCUUGUGUAGCUUUGCACUUUCAGAUGUAUUUUCCGUAGGAUAAGCAGUGACGCUCAUGAACACUGCCCCAAGAAGAUACUGGAUAGAAUUGGUCUUCAACCCACAUUUGUCGUAAGAACCACACUACUUUAUCUUCCGCCUAUAGUCUGUUUGCAGUGAAAACGUACAGAC